AUGGUUAAUGCUGAACUAGACUACAAAGCACAUAGGGCUAGAGAUAUGUAUAAACGCAUAAAUUAUCUAACUGGUGGAUACAAGAAGAAGGAAAGAUUCCUAAAAGAUGACAAUGGGUCGUUGAUAACCACGAAUGAAGAAUUAGCCAAAAAGUGGGGAGAUUAUUUUGAUACUCUCCUUAACUGUGAAGCACCUGAUGAAGUCUAUAGCCUUAACUUAGUAGCUGAAGAAGAACAAGAAUGCCCAGAACCUUCAUUGGACGAGAUAACAUUCCAAAUUAACAUAUUAAAAAAUCAUAAGUCACCUGGCGAGGAUCAAAUUCAUGCAGAACUUCUCAAAAAAGGAGGAGAAGAAAUGACGUUCAGGUUGUGGAAAUUGAUCCACCGAAUAUGGUUAUCCGAAAAAGUUCCGGAAGAUUGGAAAAUAGCCUUAGUAUGCCCAAUUCAUAAGAAAGGGGAUAAACAAGAUUGCAAUAAUUAUCGCGGAAUUGCCCUACUAAGUGUUGCGUAUAAAGUUUUCACGAACUGUAUCUUGUCAAGGAUAAGAACAAAAUCGGAGCAAAUCAUUGGAGAUUAUCAAGGAGGCUUUAGACCAGGAAGAUCUACGGUAGACCAAAUAUUUAUUCUCCGACAACUUUUCCAAAAGACCUGGGAAUUCGACAAGGAAAUGCACGUGCUCUUUAUCGACUUCAAGAAGGCAUACGAUAGUAUUCAUCGCAAAAGCUUGAUAAUAUUCUUAGGGAGUAUAACUUCCCACAAAAAUUAG